UGCACGCAGGAGGCAGAGGAAGGAACGUGCUUGGACAGCUUUCUUGCCAUGUGGGACUUCUCAGACAUCAGGGCCGAUGUCACUGAGCAGGUUCGCCAUGUUGGCCGCACCUUCCUGGGCCGUCCGAACAAGAUGUACUUUGGCGCGGCCGCCCGCCCCGAGCACAGCGAGCACACCGGCCUCCUAUCUCAGGGUGCCGCGGCUGUGCCCGUCUCCGUGCCCGCCUCCCCUUCCUCGACCGGUCGCUACCAGGGCCUCGGGUACACCCCCGCCCCGCACUCCAUCUCGGCUCCGGCAGGAUUUACCACGGCAUCUUGGGAUGAGGACGACGGCGACCACUCACCAACGCGAGCGGCGGAUGCUCAUUAACAGGCUGACAUGCAAUGCUUGUUUCUCAGUCAAAAUGCAUCACUAGGACAUAUUGCCUUG